AUGGCGUUCACCGCCCGCAUGAAGGACCUCGGGAGGAAGUACGGCAAGGUGGCCCUCGGCGUCCACCUCUCCGUCUCCGCCGCAACCGCCACGGGCCUCUACGUCGCCAUCAACAACAACGUCGACGUCGACGCCGUCUUCCGCAAGAUCGGCAUCUCCACCGGCGUCUCCACCGGGGACGAGGCCCUGCCCUCCGCCGGCGGCCAGGAGCCGGCGCCGGCGCCCGCGCGCAACCGGACCGGGGAGCUCGUGGCCUCCAGCGGCGGCACGCUCGCGCUCGCCCUCCUCUGCAACAAGGCCCUCAUCCCCGUCAGGAUCCCCAUCACCAUCGCCCUCACGCCGCCCAUCGCCAGGCUCCUCGCCCGCUGGAAGCUCGUCAAGAGCCUCAAGACCUGACCUGUGUUCAUCGCAACUCACAAGUGCUCUGGGAGAUUGCUGCAUCUAGGAUUCUUCCACCUUCCAGGCAUGCUGCGAUAAGGCAACACUAUAAAUUACUCCAAUCUGCAUUUUUUGGCGUCGGCGCGCUUGUCUGAAAUUUUAUCAGGUAGCCGAUGGAUGCACUUGCAACAAAAGUUCACACGCAGGAACUCCUUUUGUCCUCUGAACAAAAGGCAGCCGCACCUCAUCAUCUGAUUUUGUA